GACGCAUGAAGAGUACUUAGUACAAGUACUUCGUAGAGGGCCGGUACGGUACGGUAGUUGAUAGCCGAAUACCGGUAUUUACGGAUUCCCCGUGACCCCAGUACCGGUACCAAAAACCAAGCGCGGGGUCACUAUCGACACACUAAGUCUAAGGUAGUAUAGCCAAGCGCACUUAUCGCCAACUCCCUCCCUCCUCCUCACUCCUUCUUUCCUGUCCAGCCAGUUAACAAAUGAAACAUAUCCAAGCCCGCGAUCAGUCAACCGCAAUAACUCUGGCUUUUACAAAAGCUGGUCCUUCUCUGGGCGCGUAAGCACCAUGGGACGGUGCCGAGGCGGAUGCUCGAGGUGAGACUUCUGGUACCGUACUACACCCAUAAUGCGCAACGGUCCCAUAUUUCUCCGAAAUAUAGCCCGACCUGAUUUGAGCUGACUACUCGUAGAGCGCAGGAGCCAUCACCCUACAAUUACUGUAAAGCACCUGAAGUGUACUCCGCAUGAUAGGCUGCACCACAGAAUUUGCACUUACGAUAGUAUUAAUAAUUGUCUCGCUAAAAAAAAAAUCAUCGGCGACAGUUUUUCCAUUACGAUAGGAGACUCUAGUGACGCUCAAUACCACAACACACACCCCUUAUCAUACUAAAAGUAGCCCAUAUAAAAUUACGAUAGUCGCCAAUGAUACAUAGAAAACUCCACCACAACCGCUCUAACCUUCCAGAACUUUGGAAGGGAUGUGACGUGCAAGAAAGGGGGGGGGGUGUGGUCUCUUCUUUUCACAGGCUUGCACGAUUCGACAAGAUCUACAGGGCAGGGCAUGAAACACUCGACACCACCCCCUCCUUCCCCUUCUCUCUUCACAUUAAUCGAUUUGGAGUCUGCUUACCAUAACCAGUAUCAUACCUGUCAAAAAGCACCCGACUCCCCUUCACACCUUUAUCCUCCUGAAUUCCAAAACCAAAGUCUUGUGAGAAGGAAAAAAAAAAAAAAAAAAAAAAAAAGUAAAGAGCAAGAGAGAGAGAGAGAAUGGCAGACGAAGGUGUAGCCCUCAUUGCCGUCCUGAUAAACUUUCUCAGCGCAAUAUGGAGUUACUUCUGCAUCUCUGCCUCGCUGGACCGACGGAAUCGUGCUUACGACCUUAUGCACGAUACUGAAUUGGCAUGGCACGCACUGUGGACUUCUUGUCAGGUAUUCUAUCCCCUCCUCCUCCUCCUCCCCUCCUCUACAACUAACCAGCCAACCAACCAACCAACCAUAGACUUUCGCCCUCCUAGUCUCGUUCACAAACUUAUUGCUGCUACUCUACAUUGCUGCGCGAGUAUACGUUUCGUUCAUAGACGCCGUGAAGGCACAGGUUAGCCUUCGGAGGAAGGUGCUAUGGGUGUUUUUCGGCGUCGGAUGUGUGCUUAUCAGUGCGCCGAUGGCGUUUUUGCCAUGGAAAUUGACCUGCAUUGAGACGGGAAGGUUGGAUGAGAAUAUCUUUAUUCAUUGUGGGGUUUCCCCCUCUUUCCCGCCUUGAUCUAUGAUAAGUGGUCUAGGGGGUCUCCGUGCUAACGGGUGGGUUGUAGGGGAUGGUUGAGUGGAGCGGGGUGGUCUGUACAGUACUUCUUGCGGUUGACCGUGAGUGCUCGAGAUCGGUCGACAGAUCCCUUUUCCCUCUCUUUUUACCAAAAAAAAAAAAAAUCAUUCAGAUAUUCCCCUUCCCGCUUCUUUUCACUUUUCCUCUCUUUCUCUCAUCUCUUCUUUUUUUUUCACCUCCUAGGGAUUUCCGGCGCUUACCAGGUUCAUGCUCUACUUAUUCAUAUCUUUAUUCAUUACUCCGGGAGUAUCAGGGGGGUAUAAAGUUCCCCAGUUCACCAUUACUCAUCCAUUCACUCCCCGUUCCCCUCCUUCCCCUUUCCACCACGUCUCACAAUCAGGGGCGCCAGGUCAAACACGACAAGGGCAAAAAAGCACUUUCCUAUCAUGUGUAUCAUAUCUCCACGCUAAAGACAACUAAAUUCACU